AUGGCAAAUGACUGGCCUCAGGUUUCAAGAGUGCCAAGUUUUGCUCAGAUGUUGAAGAAGAACUUGCCUGCUCAGCCACCCCAACCAGUCCAGUCUUCCGCUCACAGUAGUUUGUUUCCGCAAGCGGAGAAUGCUAAACCAAUGUUUUUAAUCCCAGAAACGUCCAGUGUCUCAAGCAUGGCAUCUAAGGUGACCCCUGUUACAGGUAUUUGUCAUGACUAUCAGUAUUCUAAAACAGUGCCUAUAGUUCCAAUUACUUCACUUCCUCCCAAGAAAAUUCCAAAGGAAUUUAUUACAAAAUAUAAACGAGGGGAGAUCAACCCAGUCUCAGCUUUGCAUCAGUUUGCACAAAUGCAGCGUGUACAGCUUGAAUUAAAGGAAACUGUGGCAACAGGAAAUCUCUUGGGACCUUACUUUGCUUUUUGUGCUGUAGUUGAUGGCAUUCAGUAUAAGACUGGAUUGGGCCAAAACAAAAAGGAAUCAAAGUCAAAUGCAGCAAAACUUGCUCUUGAUGAACUUCUGCAGUUGGAAGAGGCAGAACCAAAAGCUCUGGAAAACCCAGGUCCUAUCAGAAACUUUGCUGAAACCAUACUUGCAGCUGAACCUCAAAUAACAACUGAAUCUGGCUAUAUUUCAAAGAUUCAUUAUGAGGGGCAGCAUCUUGCACAUGGAAAAAUUUCUCAAGUUGUCAGAGAAACAUUCGAUAAUUUGAUGGCUAAGUAUCCAGAGUACCAGAGUUGUAGCAGUUCAUUAGCUGCUUUCAUAAUUGAAAGAGCUAGACAGUAUGAGGUGGUAGCUAUUGGAACAGGUGAAUUUAACUAUAGCCAAUGCAGUCAUCCUGAUGGAAGAGUGUUGCAUGAUAGUCAUGCAGUUGUUACUGCAAGGCGCUCUCUACUUAGGUAUUUUUAUAGACAGCUUUUACUUUACUACAGUAAAAAUCCUGCUAUGAUGGAUAAAUCCAUAUUUUGUACUGAACCAACAUCAAACCUGCUUGCAUUAAAACCAAAUGUAAAAAUACUUCUCUACAUGAAUCAAUUGCCAAAAGGAUCUGCUCAGAUAAAGUCCAAGCUACGCCUCAAUCCAAACUCUGUGUCUGCAUUUGAAGCUGAUGAAGAACUUUGUCUUCACGUGGUUGUUGAAGGCAAGGUUUAUCUCACAGUUUUUUGUCCUGCGGAAAUUGCCACAAUAAGCAGCAUGUCUACCAGUGAUAAACUGACAAGGUGGGAAGUGUUGGGUGUUCAAGGAGCCUUACUAAGUCACUUUAUUCAGCCAGUUUAUGUUAGCAUGAUAAUUCUUGGGGAUGCGAACUGCCAUGAUACAAGAGGAUUAGAAAUAGCUAUCAAACAGCGCAUAGAUGAUGCACUUACUAAAAAACUUCCCAUGUUCUACCUUGUGAACAGACCUCAUAUUAGUUUGGUAACUGCUGCAUACCCUGUACAGGUUGACUUGGACCAUAGAUCUCUUAGUGUGAAUUGGUCACAAGGAGACUUAUCACUGGAGGUGAUAGAUGGAUUAAAUGGAAAAAUCAUUGAAAGUUCACCCUUCAAAAGUGGUAUUUCAAUGGCAAGUCGUCUUUGCAAAGCUGCAAUGUUAAGUCGCUUUAACUUAGUAGUUAAAGAAUCAAAGAGAGAGGAUUUACUUAAAGCAACAACUUACCAUGAAGCAAAGAUUAUGGCAGAAUCUUACCAAGGAGCAAAGUACUUGCUGAAAUCCUACUUGGAGCAGCAUGGUUACGGAUCAUGGAUUGUGAAGUCUCCACGCAUUGAAUAUUUCAGUAUGUAA